GUCAUCGUAUCGAACAGAAUAACCUGAAUGAACUGACCAAGUCUCCUAUACGUCACCGAUUCCACAUAUGCCGUCUAUUUAUGUGGAGAAAUAUACAUGUUGUCGUGUGAAUGCAUGUGUAAUGGCCUGUUUGAUGUUUACACCAACACCCUGACCUACGCCAACCGGUAGUAAAUUUACAGUCACGUGACUCUCAUGCUGUUGGAAUUACAUGCAAUUAUACACUGAAGGAAGACGAUGGGGAACUAGCGAGAUACAUAAUUUCGACUGAUUGCUAAUUGAGUGGAUGUGCAUUAUCUUCAAUGAGAUUGAGCUACUUCCCCAUUAUAUUCCAAUGGAUUCUUUCGUAUAUUUCAGAUGUGAAGGUACCACUGUCUGCAACCUUUGUCACUUCCUUCAAAUCUGCAACCAUGGAUCUCUCUGACUCCUUAGCCACGCCUAACUUCGGCAUCGCCUUCUUCCAUCACGAUGCAACAGUCAACAGUCAGAGAAGAUAAACAUGGCACCAAGAUGACGAACGUCGUGAGAUCAGGGAAGACAUUCCUCUACCUGACGGGACUGAUUGCGGCCUGUCUAGCUGGCUACAUCUAUGGCAACGUCGCUAGGGGCAUCGACAUAAGUUAUACGAUAAGCAGUAAUUUGGUGCACGAGGCCGUGAAGAAAGAUGCUGGUCCUGAUGUUUCCCGGUCGUUCGAGGGAAGUAAAUCGAUUCCUUUUGGGAUCUGUGAUGAAACGAUCGAAGACUGUACGGCUGUAGAUGCUGAUAAUAUUGUCGUCAUAAAAACUCAUCAUGAAAAGAAGAAGGUUCAAAACGACGAUCAAGCAUCCCGGAAGGCAACUAUUCAAAAGAUCUGUCGAAAAAAUGAAAAACUCACAUCGGAUGAGGUAUCGGUAGACACGCUCAAACGUUUAUUCGUCGAUGAAAAACACAGAGCCGUGUAUUGCUCUAUACCAAAGGCAAGCUGUACCAAUUGGAAACGAUUGUUGAUGGUGGCUACCAACGACUCUAUUGAUUUGGAUUCCAUAACCCAAUUUGACGCUCAUCACAAUGGCGUGUUGCAAAUACUUUAUGAUUAUCCAGAGUAUGAACGAAAUGUUAUUCUGAAAUCAUACAAGAAAUUCACUUUUGUUCGAAAUCCUUUCAUCCGCCUUCUCUCUGCAUUCAAGGAUAAAUUCGAAUCAUUGUGGAAAUACCGCACCGACCCCGGCGGGAAAUAUUUUCGCCGCUACGCCGCCGAUAUCAUGACCAAGUACAGGGCAAAUGCUACUGCCGAGCAAUUGGAGAGCGGCGAAAACGUGACAUGGUCUGAAUUCAUUUCUUAUGUGACACAUUUAGAAGAGAAGGCAUUUAACGAGCAUUGGAAGCCUAUGUAUAAACUAUGUGAUCCUUGUCAUAUCGGUUAUGACUUCGUUGGUCGAGUGGAGACAAUUGACAAAGACGCAAAAUACCUUUUAGAGGAGGUUAUAAAACUGAAGUAUGAAAUGUCGCAGUUUCCGAAAUUUUCUGAAUUUACGACGAAUAGUUCGGAAUAUACGUACUCUGCAUAUGGAGACAUCACAUUGCAGCAGCUGAGGAGACUGUGGGAGAUAUAUAAGUGGGAUUUUUUACUGUUUGGAUAUGAAAAACCAGACUUCAUUUAAAGAGUAACUACAAAUGAUUUAACUAUGCUUCUCAGAACAAUGAUAUACAGCUUAUAGAUACCACCCCCAUUCACACAUAUGUCAACAAAUAUGAUAAAUAUGGGCAAUUCCAUAGUACUUCCGACCCCAUGCAUGUGAGACCUUCAUUUUGACAGUCUGUAAUGCUCUAAAAUGAUCAUGACUUGGUCAGUUUAUGAAGUGAAAUAAGACUUGAGAAAAAAUGGGGGUCGGAUGUACUAAAAGAUUGAUUAUUUUACGGAAUUGCCCAUAAUUAUGUAAGGUGAAAAGGAAACAGACCAAUUUUUUUUUAAACAAGUGUGUAACUCUGGAGCACGUCACCAUCACUACUAUUAACUGGUCCUUUGAGUCUUCAAACAUCCUUUUGUUGGCGAUCAACUUCGAAUCCCUGAUUUUUCUGUAGUUGAGAAGAAAGUAUUCUUCCAAUAACCGAUAACAGGUGGGGUUGUUCCUUCAUUGAUAUCAAUACUGGAUACCAAUGUUUAAAGCCUCUCGUAUAUACCAUUCCCAGCACGCACAAGGUGUCGGUCAAUAUUAUAGUUUAUUUCUACAUAAAAUUAAUACGUGUGUCCUUAAACCGCUAUAGUGUGCGUGAUUAUCAAACAAUUCGUAUUUUGGCGGAUCUUCCUUUUGAUUUUACUUCAAAGUUAUUUUGGGCGCGAUUCCGACCAGGAUAAAAAAUAACUGCACCUCUUUCUUUCCGAUAUAAAUCAAUUACUAAAAAGAAAAAUGCUGACAGUUUCAGGAUUAAAGCUUUGUUUGUAGUUUGCUGAUAUGCUAUUACUAAAUUGAAGAAAAAGUGUUCUAAGUGCCCUUUUUAACAAAAAAAAAUAAAAAGAUAUCAGGAGAGGGUGCCAUAUAUCCUGAAAUGUAUUAUUCAAACUUUAACAAAGAAUUAACGGAUGAAAACUUUAAAUGGUACACCUUUUGAAAAAAGGGAAUGUUGUAUUAUCGAACAUUUACCAAAGUUUUAGACGGACUUAAAUAUAUACUUAAGUCACUGUUUGAAGUUUUGAAUUAAACUAGCGAAAAUCAUUUGUACAUGAUUCACUUUUGCAAGUAUUCGGUUGAAGAAGAAUAAUAUCAAACUCUUGAACCAUACAACGAACGUGGAUCUUUAUUUAUGUUUAUACAGAUAUCAAAAUUCAGGUAAUAUGACAAAGGUUCCUAGGCAGGGCCCUGUGAACAAUUUUUUUUUUACAUUGGGUGCUGAUGUAAAUUAUGACAAUAAAAAAAAGCGGUUUCAGUCAAAAAAUGGAGUUAUUUUGGUCCCGAGAUAUCUGACAAGCAAAAAUAGGGGGGGGUCUUUACAAGAUGUAGGUCACUUAAUUUGGUUACAUUUCUCGAUUUUAUCGCACCAACCAGAAUUCCAGGAGGUGCUGUCUAUGGAGAGUAAUACACGCAGCACCCCCCCCCCCCCGGAAAUUCUUGCAUCCUGCUAUAAAAAAUGUUACACAGUGUGUUCACAUAGUCUACAUGACAUAGUGGACUUUUUAAAAUGUUCAUUUUUUUAGCAAUGUGAAUAGGGAUUCACUUUGUGUCCCACACUGUGAACACACUGUGGAAUAGUAUAUGCAGAGGCAAAUUUCGAGAGGUCCAUUUGCAGAGUCCACUGGAAUGAGUUCGAAUUCGUUUUUUCUGUAUUAUAAACACAAAGGUUGACUAAAGUACAUGUAUUAGCUAGGCCUACUAUUGCUUUGAGAUCUCCUUUUAAUUGAGUUUUGUGUAAAUCGAAGAAUACUUUCAUUUACUCUUUGUAUUGUAAUAGUUCAAGGGGAGUUGCAAUACAGUCAUAGUUACGAACAGAAAUGUCUAGAGAUUUUUGCAAAAUUAUCAUUUUAAUUUUGCAAGACAAAAGUCCGGGACUCAAGACUUGUUUGAAAGUGAAACAAAAGUCAUUCUGCAUGAAGGAAUGCUUUCGUUUCUGCUUUAAGAAACAUUACUUUCUUCAAAAUGUAAAGCAUUUAAAAAGAAAAGUUUCAUUUCUAUGAGUACAGUAAAUCUAACAUUAUAUUUCUAUGCAUAAAGUCAUUUAAAAACUCAAUAAAAAUGCUGAUGUAGUCUAUGAUAUAAGCAUGCGCCAAUGAAAACCGGUUUACUGUCAAGCUCAAAUGUGUUUUUGUGUAACAUUUAGCAAACGAAUAUUCUUGAUAACUCAAACUCGUCAUAGGUUUUACAAAACAUUGCAAAACAUUAUUUGAAAAAAAAUUCCUUUAAUUUGUUAAGAUAAGAAAACCGGUCUGUAUAUUGAGAUAGUUUGGUAGAUUGACAUCCAUACUGUAAAUUUUGAAAGAGUGUUUUGUAAGAAGUAAUUAAUUGUUAUUAUUGGUAUUAAUAUCAUUAUCAUAAUUAAAAUAUUUAAGGAUUUGCAUUAUAUAAAAUAAAUGCUAAUCAGCAUUAAUGGCGAUGAUGAUGGUGGUGGUGGUAAUGAUGAUUAUGAUGGUGUUGGUGGUGAUGAUGGUGGGGGUGGUGUUGAAAAUUAGGUUGUUGGUGGUGGUGGUGGUGGAGAUGAAGCUGAUGAUGAUGAUGGUAAUGGUUAUGAUGAAUGAUAAUGGUGACAGUAAUGGCGGUGGGGAUGAUGCAGAUGAUGAUGAAGAUAAUUGCAUUAAACUUUUUUAUCAUCAGGAUUAUUUUAAUAACCGCACACGUAUUGUAGGUGAAACUAUUUCAUCAAAUAAAAUAAUAUUAUAAAACGUUCUAAUCCAUUAUGUUUUCGCGUCAUACUAGGGGAUAUAGAUUUCCGUAACCAUUAUUGUGGGUUUUUAGUUUUUUGUUUAAUGUAAGUCAUUGCUGGGCUAUUGAGCUGCUUGCGUCAUACAUGAGCAUGAGGUUCUGUAAUUAAUGCUGUAGUUCUUGUAAUUAUGAUUGUUAUGCAUUUUCUAACUCGUGUAAUUCAUUUUCCCCCUUUUGUAACUCGAAGUUACAUGAGGGUCUACUUAUUGCUGAACUAUUGUCCAUUCGUCGAAAUGAUAAAUAUAUGAAUAACUAUUUUGUGGUAUUACUGUAUAACUUGUAAAGUUUAUUAAAGAUCUUGCCCCAUAAAUAUGCUAAAUGAAUAUGUAUUUGUAUUAACAUGAAAUGGUGAAUUCAUAGUGUAGUCGAUUCCGCGACACGCAUUAAGUCAGUUGCUGUAUUUUUUAACCAAUAAUUUUACGAUAAAUUUGUGAUGCAACAAGCUGUCGCUGCGACUCUUCAUUUUUUCCUUAAAAGUCUUGCACAUUAACCAUGUUAACACGAUUAUUUUGAGACUAAGUUUGCGACUCCCGGAUGCGUGACUACAUGACGGACCAAACUUGCUUUAAAACAUGAUGUCCAAUACAAACUGAAUUUCAAGCUACAUGUAGAGUUCAGAAAUUAAUAUGCGAUCAUCAUUGCUAUUACUUUUCGAAAUCAAUUCGCGUUAGACUGAGGGGUUGUAAAUGAUAUCGCCGACAAAACGAAAAAACACGAAAAUGUCUGAAAACAGAUAAAAUAAGGUAUUGAUGAAAAAACAGCCAAUGCAAUUAAUAUUAUAAAAGAGUAUGGUUCUAUGUUUUGUUUAGAAUACAACAAAAGAGUGUUGAGUUGUCAAAAAGAAACCAAUUUCGAUCACAAUUUGGUGACUAAGAAAAAAAAAACAUUUCGCGCAUAAUUAGAUAGCAUUAUUGAGAAAAAUACAAUUUUGGUGGGGGUUGAUUGAAACAUGGAUUAUAUUGAAUCUUGGAUUGGAAAUUCCAUCACAGGGGAUGUGUAUGUCGAUCUCAAUCGUGAUCAAUGGCCGAGAUCUUGGGGAGGGGCUGAAACAACACCGCCUCCAUCUUUUUGGGUGUCGAAAUUUCCCAGUCUUUUUAGGACCUAAAUGAAUUGUCGCGUGCGGUUGUCUUGUAGACAUUAUUUAUUGUAUGGCAUACCUGACUUGACAAUCUAUUGUGUGAUUUGUUUGGUCUAUAUACUUGUCACUGAAAUAUUUGUAUUUCAUUUUCAUAAUAAAUUCAGAAAAUUGUAAUAAGAA